AUGGAUAAUAGUGAUCAAGAGGUUCAAGGGCAUCAGCAUCAGCAGCAGCAGCAGCCCACGAAUGUUAAAGUUAAAAAUCAAGUGGAGGUACAGAUUGGUCUUGUAGGAGAUGCGCAAGUUGGUAAGACUUCACUAAUGGUAAAAUAUGUGCAGAACGUCUUUGAUGAAGAAUAUACGCAGACAUUGGGGGUCAAUUUUCUAAAGAGGAAAGUUAGCAUACGUUCAACAGAUAUUAUUUUCUCUAUAAUGGAUUUAGGUGGUCAGAGGGAAUUUAUUAACAUGCUUCCAAUUGCAUCACUGGGUUCAUCAGCAUUGGUUUUCCUUUUCGAUUUAACCAGGCCAGAAACGCUAACAUCGAUCAAAGAAUGGUAUCGACAAGCACAUGGGUUAAACGAAGGUGCAAUACCAGUACUGGUUGGGACUAAAUAUGAUCUUUUCGUUGAUUUAGAUCCAGUUUAUCAAGAACAAUUAUCAAGGGCAAGUAUGGAAUAUGCACAAGUUAUGGAUGCACCACUGAUUUUUUGUUCGACGGCAAAAUCGAUAAACGUACAGAAGAUAUUUAAAGUUGCACUGGCGAAAAUAUUCAGUUUAACAUUAACGGUGCCUGAAAUUAACGAAAUUGGUGAUCCACUUCUUAUCUACAGCGCGUUUGGUAAUAAGAGGAGUCGAGGUGCCGCCAGGUGA